GCCCCGGGCAGGCGACCCCCGCUCCGGGCGCGGGGCGAGCGGCCGCGCUGAGACGCCGCGGGCGCCGCGGCCAUGGGCGCCCUGACCAGCCGACAGCACGCGGGCGUGGAGGAGGUGGACAUCCCGGCCAAUUCCGUGUACCGCUACCCGCCCAAGUCCGGAAGCUACUUUGCCAGCCACUUCAUCAUGGGAGGAGAGAAGUUCGACUCGGCCCACCCCGAAGGCUACCUGUUUGGCGAGAACAGCGACCUGAACUUCCUGGGGAACAGGCCCGUGGCGUUUCCUUACGCCGCCCCGCCUCCCCAGGAGCCGGUGAAGACGCUGAGGAGCCUGGUCAACAUCCGCAAGGACACACUGAGGCUCGUCAAGUGCGCCGAGGAGGUGAAGGCCCCGGGGGCCGAGGCCGGCAGAGCUAAAGUCCACUACAACGUGGAGUUCACCUUCGACACCGACGCCCGCGUGGCCAUCACCAUCUACUACCAGGCCACCGAGGAGUUCCAGAACGGCAUCGCCAGCUACAUCCCCAGAGACGGCGGCCUGCAGUCGGAGACGGUGCACUACAAGCGCGGGGUGUGCCAGCAGUUCUGCCUGCCCUCCCACACCGUGGACCCCUCCGAGUGGGCCGACGAGGAGCUUGGCUUCGAUCUGGACCGAGAGGUCUACCCGCUGGUGGUCCACGCCGUGGUGGACGAAGGAGAUGAGUACUUCGGCCAUUGCCACGUGCUGCUGGGCACGUUUGAGAAGCACACGGACGGGACCUUCUGUGUCAAGCCCCUCAAACAGAAGCAAGUGGUGGACGGGGUCAGCUACCUCCUCCAGGAGAUCUACGGCAUUGAGAACAAGUACAACACGCAGGACGCCAAGGUGGCCGAGGACGAGGUGAGUGACAACAGCGCCGAGUGCGUGGUGUGCCUCUCGGACGUGCGGGACACCCUGAUCCUGCCCUGCCGCCACCUCUGCCUGUGCAACACCUGCGCCGACACCCUGCGCUACCAGGCCAACAACUGCCCCAUCUGCCGCCUGCCCUUCCGGGCGCUGCUUCAGAUCCGAGCCAUGAGGAAAAAGCUGGGCCCCUUGUCCCCGACCAGCUUCAACCCCAUCAUCUCAUCCCAGACGUCCGACUCGGAGGAGCACUCGUCCUCCGAGAACAUCCCGCCGGGCUACGAAGUGGUGUCGCUUCUGGAGGCCCUCAACGGGCCCCUCACCCCGUCCCCCGCGGUCCCGCCGCUCCACGUGCUGGGCGACGGCCACCUCUCAGGAAUGCUGCCCGCCUACGGCAGCGACGGCCACCUGCCCCCCGUCCGGACGCUCUCCCCGCUCGACCGCCUGUCCGACUGCGGCAGCCAAGGACUCAAGCUCAAAAGGAGUCUCUCCAAGUCCACCUCCCAGAACUCCUCGGUGCUGCGCGAGGAGGAGGACGAGCAUUCCUGCAGUGACUCGGAGACGCGCCUGUCCCCGCGGCCGGCCGCGCAGCAGCUGGGAGAGGAAUGUGGCGUCACUCCAGACAGCGAGAAUCUCACCCUGUCGUCAUCAGGAGCCAUUGACCAGUCGUCUUGCACAGGGACGCCUCUCUCUUCCACGAUUUCCUCCCCGGAAGACCCCGCCAGCAGCAGCCUGGCCCAGUCGGUCAUGUCCAUGGUGUCCUCCCAGAGCCGGCACUCCCAGCUCAGCACCGACACCGUCUCCUCCAUGUCCGGCUCCUACAUCGCCCCCGGCACGGGCACGGGCACGGAGGACGAGGGAGAGGCGCUCCCCUCCCCGCUGGCCGCCAGCAGGGCCGCUUCCGAGGAAGGAGAGGCGAUGCCGGCGGCGUCUCCAGACAGCAACUUCGUGGGCCUCGCUGAAGAGCAGGACGCAGAGGGAAACGAGGUCAUGGAGGAAGACGACGCGUCCCCCACACAGGAAGACGGCCAGAGGACGUGCGCAUUUCUAGGCAUGGAGUGUGACAAUAACAAUGACUUUGACAUCGCAAGCGUGAAAGCACUGGACAAUAAGCUGUGCUCUGAGGUCUGCUUACCCGGCACCUGGCAGGCCGAUGACAACGCGCUCAGUCGUCGGCACCCUCGGCGUCGGCGCCGGUCGUCCAGCAGCCUGGAGGAUGCCGAGAGCGGGCGCUGCGUGUGGGGCCCUCUGGCCGUCUGAGAGCCCGCCCCAGGCCAGAGCCCCCUCCGGUCCCCGCCUCCCAUCCUGGACUCACUGGACCGUGGCCUCCUGGGCAUCCUCAGUGGGAGACCCACGUGGGAGCCGGGCGUGGAGGCCAGCCUGCUCCUUCUCCCAUGCCCCAGCCUUCCAUCACCAGGACCCGCCCCUCUCCCAAGGGGCUGGGCGCCUCCUGCCUCCUCAGAGACCCUCUGGAACAUUCCCACUGGAUCUUGAUCUUCAGGGAGCCACGGCCCCCGGGCUGGCGCCUCCAGCAUCUCUCUUCUCGGCGGCGGGUAGACCAGAAGACUCGGAGUCUUAGCGGCUGCGUUUCCUGGCGUCAGGGACGGCAACACCAGUUUGAAACCUCCAGUUUGGGGUGGGUUUGGGGGAGACGUGUGAGAAGGCAAAGCCACGUUGCACUGUACGCGGAGUUUCCGUCCAGGACAAGAGAAACGGUGCCAGCCCACCAGGCGGUUGGUUGGAAAGACGGUUCUUGCUUCCAGCAGGCGAGCUAGUCUACGCCUCGUGUGACUGUUUAGAGAGGAGGCCUUGGACCUGAGACACACACCGCCCCCCCACACACACAUACACACCCCCCGUUACGUGACCGACCUCGGGAGGGUCUUAGAUCAGGUGCGUCCGGGAAGGCCUGGGACUCCACCCUAAGGUGACAUUUCACAACACAUUUUGACCCCCUCUCUCAGGUGCGGGGAGCUAUGUCAUUGCCCUGGCCCUGCCCGGUGGUCUUCUUACCCCCCGUUUCCCCGUCUCCACCCGUUUGUUCAGAGUUGAAGAAACAGGCUGAGAGGGGGGUGGACCAGGGACCCUCCAGCUGGUACCCAGGACUCCCCCAGAAAGCGGUGGAGAGCGCUGAGUGGGGGCCGGCAGCGGGCUGGGCGCUGGUGGCUCCUCCCCCCCCCCCAUGUUUUCCUCCCCCGCCUUCCCGUCCUGCGCCUGAGAGGCCAAGGGGAGGACUGCCUUCCACAGGCUCAUUGGAGACUUAAGAGUGUUCCAGUCACGUGCCCACCCCCCACCCCACCCCCAGCCCAAAAGCGUGCGAGAGCAGGGCGGCCCGGACCGGAGCGGCUGGUGUGCACCUCUCGGCGCCGGCUCUGCUCAGCCCUCGGAGCUCUUGGGCAGACGCCUUGUCUGUUGGCCUUUGGGAAAGGUGGGCGAGCGCGGGGUUGGGGGGCAGAGUUGGAAACAGCCAUGUGUGAGGCUGGGAUGUGGAGCCCAGGCUACGCCCGUCCGAUGGCUUGUCUGAGUAUUUGGAACUGUCGCCCGGAGGAGCUUCUCGGGGCCCUUGCCAAGCCUCCAAGGGAGCCCCGUGCCCAGGGCUCCUCGCCCGGCACCCUCUCGGCAGCACGGCCGGUUGAGCAGGCCCUCCCACCACCCAGUGGCUGUGGCUCAGUUCUGCCUGGUCAGCGGGGAGCCUGCUGUUCUGACAGGUGUGAUGCGAGCCACACCGGGAAUGGAAGCUUCUGGAUGGAGUUCCCAGGCCCGCCCUCUCUGGAAUCCUGCCGUGGACUCCCCUGGUUCAGGCCCCACUCCGUGCCCUCCCCUUCCCCCACAUUCUUCCAGCCCAGCCCCUUUCCUACUUGAGAUCUGAGCAAUAACCCCACUCCCCGAGUUCCUCCAAGUUUGAGCCCCAGAAACGCCAGGGAAGGGGGGCUUCGCUCAGCCGAGGGGAGCGGCACGCAGACCCACCCGCUCUCCCGGCAGGUAGCCUUCGCGGGGUGGUGUUACCGGAGAUGAAGGAGCUGCAGGUCAACAGCAGCCCCCGUGGCAGGAACCCUCGGAGGAAGCCAUCUCCCCCCGCCCCCCCCCCCCCGUCCCCCUCUCUGGGGGGGGGUCUGUGUCCUCUCCUGGGGGAGGGGCUCAGAAAGGUUCUACGCCUUGGUUCCCUAACCAAGACCUCUGGGCUAGAGAACAGCCCCUCAGUCCUUGUUUUUCAGUCACUUCCUGUCCUCUGCCCGCCCCACCCCCCUCAUUCUCAUUCAGAUGUUGGCAAGCGGCAAUAUCCCACCCAGAGGCUGGUCCUCAGUCAGCCUGAGGGGACGAGGCCGCUGCCCGCCCAUCGCCUGGACACAGUCGUGCUGGCGGCCGCUGACCCCGAGAGAACGGACGGGCAUAGACGAGCUGGGGGCCGGCCGCUCCUCCCUGCCACCCGCGGGUCUGAGCUUCCCACGCCUCCAGGUGGUGUGACCCAGGCCUCCUCGCAGAGCCCUUUUCCAUCCCGCCAGAGUCCACGCCCCCGCCGGGCACCUCUUGGGCACAGGCCCACACAUGAAGCCAUCUCACCUGGAGAGAGCUAGUGUCCUGUCCACCUGACCCUGGCACGCCCGCCGCCCACUCUGCUUCAGGCGCUGCACAGCUGCUGUGUGCAGCGUGUGUGGGUACGGUUGUGCCAUCUGGGCGCCCCUCAUCCCUGGAGCUACGCUCAUGGGUACAGACAGCGGGGACACCAGGACGCGGUGUUUGUGGACUGCUGCAUGACUCUUAAAACGGAAUAAAACUGUUG